AUGUACCUGCCUGCGGAAAAACCAACCAUCAGAACACAGAAUGCUUCUAGUUCUCGGAAGAUGGGUGUUCUAGCUUUUUGCGUGUGUGUUGCAUCCGUUAUGUUGAUCAUCCCUCACAUCACAUCACAUAAUAUCAGUUCAGAGAUUUUCCAAGCAGUGAACAUCACCAGCAAGCAAAGCAAGCAAGUAAAUAUACUGAUACUGCGACUAUGGGGCCGAAUUGUGGAAUUUGUCUUUGAAGCUUAA